GUGCCUACAUACUAGUGGGUAGGGUAGGGUAGGGUGGUGGACGGGGCGCAUGAAGAUAGGUAUGCACAUGUCUCCAAUUUCCGUCCCCGACGAAACCGUACCCAUCCGCCGCGCAUCUUCGUUUCCCGGUUACUAAGCUAGCUACCUAGCCAGCGGAGCGCCGACGAUCAAUCCACGCGUACCUGGCAUGUGGACGGCGGCGAUCGUCCGAACAUGGAAAACUACCCUAAAAAAGCAAAAGAGAAAAGGGUUGGAAGCAAGCCUCAUGCGCGGGAAAUCCGCAUCAAAGCAUGCCGUGAAAAUCAUGAAAAUCGCCCGCCUGUGGACGAUGGCAAAAGACAAAACCGCGGCAGGAAAAAAAGUUUUACCUGCUUCCCAAAAGAACAGUUAUUGGACAGGUAAGCCACGCCCGGGGAACAAGGGGGGAGGGGGUUCUGGUACACGACAUAUGCGGACGCCACACCUCCAAAUGGACAGACAGCCAGCCAUUCUACUGCUUGAAAAAAACUUUUCCGGGCAGGCAAGCAUGAAAGCAAGCAAGCAAGCAGUCUCACUGGCAGGCAGUCGUAGUGUAUGUAGGAGAGUUACGAAUGCCAACGCCGGCAUAGGUAACUACCGUUUGCCGCAUGUGUGUAUGCCCAGGUAUAUUCUAUGUCUGUAUGUCUGUAUGUCUAUAUGUAGCAAGGGUAUUAGCUGCGCAAGCCCAGCUCAGGGAAGGGCGGGUUGCGACAGUCGCGCACCUCGUGGACUUCCCGCUACUGGGCUGCUGGGUCAUCAAACGGUCGCACGCUGCUUCGUACGUAUACCGGUAUAUGUGAGGAGGAAUGGUAUCCAUAUGCAAGGCGGACGCGCGGGAUAUUACCUCGGCGGUCCCCUAUACGACGGGAUGAUGUAACUGUCUAGCUGUUUACAAUCCGGGCAAUAGGACUGCCUAGCAGAUUAGCAGCUAGUACUAAUAGUAAAUGUACGUGCG